UUCUUGUCCGCCUCUGACUUUACAGUUUGCAAGUUGCGACCUUUCUCUCUCUUUCUUCUCCAAAAUUCCAUAAUCCCUCUCCGAGGCUUCAUGAUUAGUGAGCAAAGCUUGAUAUUCAGCACAGUGAGAUGGGUUGUACACAGUCGAAGAUCGAGAACGAAGAGGCAGUGGCUCGUUGCAAAGAACGCAAGCACUUCAUGAAACAGGCUGUCUCAGCUCGUAACGCCUUCGCGGCUGCGCACACCUCCUACGCCACCUACCUUAAGAACACUGGUGCAGCUUUGAGUGACUUCAUCCACGGGGAGGUUCAAAAUCCUCAACCUGCUUCUGGUUCAGCCGAUCUCCCCAGUAAUGCUCCGAUCACGGCGCCGAUACCGCCGUUCGAGAUCCCUCUGCCGCCUCCUCCUCUACCCAAUUUCCCCCCUUCUCCUCUUCAGCGCGCUGCAACUAUGCCUGAGAUCAUGAUGACCAAGCCGGAGGCGAGCCCGGUGGGGACCAUCAUCGAGGAGGAGGAGGAGGCGAACGAGAUGGAGAAGGAAGGAUCUUUGAAUGGUGGUUUGAAAAGAAGAGGAAGUAGCAGAAGAAGAAGUGGUAGUGGGCAUGGUAGAAUUGGGACUAAGGAGAUGAUGGAAGAGGCAGAUCGGCCUCCUAUGCCACCUCCAUCUGCAAAACCAGAGCCUCAGGUGGAGACCCAUCAUCAUACGAUGAUCGAUCAGCCUCCACAGAAUUCCCCCUGGGAAUAUUUCUUCUUUCCUUCAAUGGAAAAUGUGCCUGGGACGAGCUUGAGAGGGGAAGACGAAGAUGGUUUAAGUAAGGAGGAUAAUGAGAAGACGACAUUUGAUGAAAAGCCUAAUAGGCUGGAAGAAGAUGUUGAACAGAGUAUUGGCAAUGAGAAGGAUGAGAUGCCCGAGCCUGAAGCAGAACCUGAACGUAAGCCAGAGAAAGUGGUGGAGCCACCUCAGCCGCCCGUAGCUUUGGCGGCACCGGUGGGAAAAGGCUUGAACAAGGGGAAGCAAGGGCAGGGUUCAAUGGAGGGGAAGAGGAUUGUAAAUUUCAAUCUGGUGCACAUAUUUACUGAACUUGAUGACGAUUUUCUAAAGGCUUCGGAAAGUGCUCAUGAGGUUUCGAAGAUGCUUGAGGCAACACGGCUGCACUAUCACUCGAAUUUUGCUGAUAAUAGAGGACAUAUUGAUCACUCUGCAAGGGUGAUGAAAGUUAUUACAUGGAAUCGGUCCUUUAAAGGAAUGCCGCCUAAUAUUCUUGAUGACGGGCCGGAUGAUUUUGACUAUGAUGAGAAUGAAACUCAUGCCACUAUCUUGGACAAAUUGCUAGCAUGGGAAAAGAAACUAUACGAUGAAGUUAAGGCAGGUGAACUUAUGAAAUUUGAUUACCAAAGAAAGGUUGCCUCACUUAACAAGCUAAAGAAAAGGGGAAUCAACACUGAAGCACUGGAGAAAGCAAAAGCAUCUGUCAGCCAUUUGCAUACAAGAUAUAUUGUAGAUAUGCAGUCCUUGGAUUCGACAGUCUCGGAAAUUAACAGUUUACGUGAUGACCAGUUAUACCCAAGGCUUGUUAAUCUUGUUGAUGGGAUGGCCAGUAUGUGGAAAACCAUGCACGAUCGCCAUGAGAAGCAGUCUAAAAUCGUGAUGUUAUUGAAAGCUCUGGAUUCCGAGUCACCUAGUGAAACAAGUGAGCAGCAUCAUGACCGAACAUACCAGCUAUUGGCUGUUGCGAAAGGGUGGUGCUCACAGUUUGAGAAGUUGGUAACCCAUCAAAAGGGGUACAUAAAGGCCCUAAACAAUUGGUUAAAACUAAAUCUUAUACCUAUUGAAAGCAAUUUGAAGGAGAAGGUUUCGUCACCUCCAAGAGUUAGAAAUCCCCCUAUACAAAGGCUCAUUUAUGCCUGGCAAGACCAUCUGGAGAGGCUUCCCGAAGAGAUUGCCAGAACAGCUAUAUCCAAUUUUGCUGACAUGGUAGAAUCAAUUUUUGAGCUUCAACGAGAGGAGAUGGUUUUGAAAAGAAAGUGUGAAGAAUCACGGAAGGAGCUUGCUCGCAAAACCAAGCAAUAUGAAGAUUGGUAUCACAAGUACCUUCAAAGGAAAAUACCGGAUGAGCCUGAUCCAGACAGGCGAGAAUCUGCCAAUGCUAUUGAUGAGAUUGUUGUAGAGAAGCAAUUCUUGGUUGAACAAGUGAAUAAGAGGUUGGAAGAUGAGGAAGAUGCCUAUGCAAGGUGCUGCAUUCAGGUGAGGCAAAAAUCUCUAGGGAGUCUCAAAAAUCGCUUGCCGGAGCUCUUUAGGGCCAUGUCAGAUUUUGCUCUUGAAUGUUCCCGAAUGUACAGCGAUUUGAGGUCUACAUCGCAGAACCUAAACUCAGGCCAAACCUUAUCAUGAGCCAUGUGCUUGUGUAUUUUGUAUUUAUUUUAUUUAAUUUUCCUCUGCAGAGUAUAAUAUUUUUUUGGGUUGUGUUGUAUAAUACUUCCUUUGUAUUUUCCUGAUUGAUGAGGCAAGAAAAUUCUACUGUUAAAUAAACUCAGUCGAAUAGCCUAUGCAAAUUGACAGAACAUACUUAUAUUUUUCGGCAUCUUCA